AUGGUCGCCGCGAGCAGAUUGUUUGUGGAGCAGCUCAGCUGGCGCAGCUGCAAUGAGCUGGUGCAUCCGCAUAGCUGCCGGCGUGCCGCCUGGCAGAAUCUCUAUCGCUUCGCCUGGUCGAACUUGAAGUAUUAUCUGCCCAUGGUCAUACUGGAUCUGCUGAGGCGUGCGCUGCGUGGCACCCACCUGCUGCAGUUGCUCCGCGAUGCACUGCUCUAUUAUGCACAGUUGGUGUUCGGUGGCCUGGUCAAUGGUUGCCUGACAGCAGGCUUCAUUUGCUUGCUGCGUCACCUGCUGGGCGAGUUCCGGCCGCAUACGCUCCUAUUUGUGCCUGCCCUGUUGGGCGGCGCCUUCGUUGCUCUGGUGCCCAUUCGAGUCAAGGAACUGCAGCACACGGUCCUCUUUCAAGCUCUAAUCGAAAGCCUGCUGCUGCAGCGCUCCAAUCCGCUGACCAAGGCGCUGGCCUCGUCCCGUUGGCUGCAAACCCUGCUCUUCAUGGCCUGCAGCGCCAUCAUCAUGCUGGGCAAGCAGCGGCAGUGGCACAGAGGUUUCUGGUUCGUAAUGCCCGACUCUCUGCAAUCGGAAAAGAGCUCCAAGAGCGCCACACAAUAUGUUGUUCAGGGCAUGCGUAAGUAUUUGCUCAUUGGUCUCGCCUUGGACAUCUUCAGGGCUCUGAUAAGCUGCAUUAAGACGGGUCGCUGGCAUCUGAAGCAGCUGAGCUUGGAGUCUAUGGCUUGGUUGGGCUGUUACGUGGGCAUCUAUCGGACUACCCUAUGCUAUAUGCAAAGCAAAACGGAUGUCGGCCAGACACUACAGCAAAUCGUGUCCAGCUUUCUGGGGGGGCUCAGUUUUGUUUGCUAUCCAAAGCUGACCAUAUUGAGCUAUGCACUGCUGGAGGCGGGUCGCUCGCUGUGGGGCAAGUAUCACAGGAAACGGCGAAAGUCACGUUUUGGCUAUAGCGAUCUGGUCUAUCCCCUGGUGCUGGCCUACCUGAUACACACCUAUACCUUCCAUCCGAAGAGGGUUAGCGCCAUAACGGGCAUAAUUAUUGACAGCACGACUGCCAAUUACGCCGGUAACAUAAGCAAACGCCUACAACAGCUGCAGCGGCAACCGGCUAGAUGGCAUGGCAAAUGGAUUUAAUUAUAAUUUUUAAUGCA